AUGGCUCCCAUGAAACCCUCACAGGAUAGCCUGGACCGUCGGAAGGUUGUCGGCAUCAAUGCAGAGACCGUCACCAACAUCACUGCAACGGAUUUUCCAGGUCACCACGCAGGGGAAGAUCUUUCAUGGUCACUCGAGAAAUUCCAAAAAAACCUCAAGGUCCAAUUCCACCAGAACGAGAAGUAUGAAGCAACCUUCUCACUCGUUGGCGCCGACGCCUCCAUAGCCAACGCAUUUCGGCGCAUCCUCCUCGCGGAAGUGCCCACGCUGGCCAUCGAAAAGGUUUACGUCGAGAACAACACCUCCGUUAUCGCAGAUGAAGUCCUCGCACAUCGACUGGGUCUCAUCCCGCUGAAAGGCAGUCUCGAGGGUCUCAAGUGGCUCAAGUGGUUUAUUGAACCGAACCCGGAGAUCGGCUUCGAGGGCAUGGAGCGCACAGAUUACAACACGGUCGUCCUACACCUCAAGGUGAAAUGCGAGCGGAACCCAGAUGCGGACAAGAACGCGACGGACCCAGAAGAGAAGUACAUCAACAGCAGCGUCUACUCACGGCAUAUCCAAUGGCAGCCCACGGGCCUACAGGAAGAGUACUUCAAAGAAGGACCUAUCGAACCCGUCAGCCCGGACGUCCUGAUCGUGAAGAUGCGCCCCGGCCAGGAACUCGACAUGAUCAUGCAUGCGCACCUGGGCAUCGGCAGCGACCACGCGAAAUUCAGCCCUGUCGCCACCGCGACCUACCGCCUGCUGCCUACCAUCACCAUCACGAAGCCCAUCCUCGGGCUCGACGCCAAGAAGUUCCAGAAAUGCUUCUCGCCGGGCGUCAUCGACCUCGAGCGCGUCACCGCCUCCGAGGCCGAGAGCGCAGAUCUCGCAUAUAGAGGCCGUCAGGGUGACGAGAAAGCCGUUGUCAAGGACGCAAUGCGCGACACCGUGUCCAGAGAGGUCCUGCGUCACGAUGAGUUCAAGGACAAAGUCAAGCUCGGGAGAGUCCAGGAUCAUUUUAUCUUCAAUGUCGAGAGUACAGGCCAGUUCCCAAGCGACAUGUUGUUCCUUGAAAGUGUCAAUGUGCUCAAGUACAAGGCGCAGAGGUUGCUUCGUGCACUAGAUACGAUAGAGAGAUGA